GUUCUAAUUCUUUUAUCUUCCUGAUGCACACUAGCCAUCAGCCAAAGCCUACGCUUCCGAGAAAACGUGUCAGUCGCUCUAGCUAUGUCCUGAAGGCUUUUAUUGAAGGAUCUUAUUAUUCGCUGUGGCCUUAGAGGUACGGUAACAACUGUUAACGUCAACAGAGACUCUUCUAGUGACAGCGAGGAACAUCAAAAUGUCUAGAACACUCAUUAUUUACAUCAGCCUUUUCUUUUUUGUUCCAGGUUUGGGUGAGCAGAUGGCAGCACGUUUGAAUGGCUCGAAGAGGUGGGAUUCUGGCCUUUUAGAGAUAUUCUACAAAGGAACGUGGAAUACAGUCUGCGAUGAUUCCUUUGACGACAAAGCCGCACAGGUGGCCUGCAGAAUGAUAGGCUGCAACAAUUGUGUAGCAACAAAAGCACUCUCGAAUGGGGCAAGUUCCGAAAAUAUUCUGAUUAAGGACUUGGACUGUCGAGGAAACGAAACCAGUCUGACAGAGUGUAUGCAUGGAGGCUUGAGCAAACACAGAUGCAACAGCUGGGACUUUGUCGGCGUCACGUGCAACCCUCGGCCUCUUCUUGUCAUCCAACCAAACAAAACUGUAUAUCCUUUAAUGGAGGGGACCAAAGCUGUCCUAGAGUGUGUGGUGUCAAACACGUCUUACGACAUAACCGACUACAAAUGGCCAGAAAGUGCAGGCGGCAGCCUUAAAGGAAAAUAUUUGAUUAUUUCCAAUGUGACCAGGUCGCAUAAUAGAAGGCCAGUGAAGUGUGAAGCCACCACGAAAGCUCACACCACAUUUUCUAUUUCCAGUGACAUUUUGGAAUUGCAGGUUUUCUAUCCUCCUGAUGAGUCACCGGUUAUUGGAGCAGUGCCACCUCUUCUCUCCGGUCAACCAGUGUAUCAAGGAGACAACUUUACCUUGACUUGCACUGUCAGCGGUGGCCAACCAGUGAACUACACUAUUGUCACCUUCGUGUGUCCAGAAAAAGUGGACGAAGCGGACACCGUAGGCGGGUCUGAAGUUAACAGCAGUUUGCGGUUCUACUCUGUCUCCCAUGACAACCAGGGCAACUGUACCUGCAGUGCCGUAUGGAAGGACAUUUGGUACACAAAGACAGCUGAUUACACUCUCAUUGUGUACACGCCGCCAUCUCCUCCUGAGAUCAUACUGAUGACCAACACAUCAGGAGGCAUUGAACAGGUCGGAGCUAACGUCAGUUUGAAAUUCAGAGUUUACAGUCAGGUCAUCCGGCAGCCUACUACACAUGGCCAGAGAAUGCAGGUGGUCGGCCUGAUGGAGAUCUCUUAAUAUUCGACAAGCUAACCAAGGAACAAAAUGGAAGGAACGUAACGUGUGUGGCCAACAAUGAGUUUACUGUGAACAGACAGCCAGUUCCUAAAGCCACCUUGACAUUGCAUGUACACGUUGUAGAUCCUAAAAACAGCCAUGGAAUGCAGUCUGCUUCAAGUAUAUUCAUUGCUGUUGUUUGCUCCUUGGUUAUUGUUGCUGCAAUCAUCUUUAUUAGCGCGUUUAUUUGGAAGCGUUCUAGAGGACACAGCAUAAGCUAUAGGUUUGUAAAUCAUAAAACAAGUGGACCUUAUAUUGAAAAUAUGAUUUAAGUGCAGAGACGUUAGCAGAACCAGGAAUUCUUGAGAUCUGGUUGUGUUUUAGGAAGAUUGCAGGACAGUUUAUAUAGUCUGUGGAUGAGUAAUCAGACAUAUGUCAGGAUUAAGCCUGAUAAUUAAUGUUUACUAGACUUCUUAUUUGAUAUUGACAAAUCGAAGUUGUGUUGAGAUUAUUGAGGUGAAUACAAGAUAUGAGUGACAGCGUGGCAGUAAUAUUACACAAAUAUUCAUUUUCUUUUUGUUCCUGUUUUAAAUUUCAAAGCCUAAGACGGUCUGCAUGUCUAUUAAAAUAUUAAUCAUCUUCGUUGAAAAUUGUAAUGAGAUAUUUUAACUAUUUAGAAUGAAUGUUUAAAAUAUUAGGCAUUUCACCCUCUAUACUAUGUUGAUGAUUAGUUAAAAUAUUACAUUACAAUUUUUUACAGUUUCACAAUAGCAAAAAAAAA